AUGGCUUGGGGGCUCGCAGACACGACGCCAACGCUGGCGCCUGCUGCCACGGCCGUUGCCGCCCCUGGUAACGAUGCAUCUGGUUCUUCUUCUCCUGUAAGAGCAUUGGCUCCAGUGCCCGAGUCUACAGAGGGCGUUGACAUAUUUGAGGGUGUGAACCCCGUAACUAGCGUAGCUCUGGAGGGGGUGGCGUUGCUGCAGAUCAUCAAGCACUGCCAUGAAAGCCUUCCAGGCGGCGUGGCUGGAUCACUGCUGGGCAUGGACAAGGACCAAGUGCUGGAGGUGACCAAUAGCUUUCCGUCGCUGCCCAGUAGCGAGCGCAGAAAGGGCACGGACGAGUACCAGCUUGACAUGAUGAAGAGUCUUCGCGAGGUUGGCAUGGACAACAACAAGGUGGGCUGGUACCAGUCGGUGGCCAUGGGCACCUUUUGCACAGCCUCGUUUAUUGAGCACCAGUAUCAGAACCAGAAGGCGCUGGGUCCGAACGCCAUCUGUCUCAUUUACGACUCAGCAGAGACAUCCAAAGGUUCACUCAGUCUGCGUGCAGUGCGUCUUACGAAGGCUUUUAUGGACACUUACAGAAGUGGUGCGUUUACUAAGGAGAGCUUUGCUAAGACUGAUAUUCGCUCAGCUACGGUGGUGGAGGAAAUUCCCGUUGAGCUUCGCAACUCCGACAUUGUCACGUGCUGGCUGCAUCAGACCAAGGACAGCGUCUCAGCCAGCAGCUUCGAGCGUCUUGACCUGGCAACUAACGCCUAUUUGGAGAACAGUCUUAAGAACAUGUCGCUUUGGGCCGACGAGCUUGCGCAGGAACACUACAAAUUCCAGGGAUUCGAGCGAGCGUUAUCUAAGCAGCGCGCCGCCUACCAGCAAUGGCAGAAUAGACAGCGGGAGGAGAACAAGGUGCGCCGGGAGAACGGCGACAAGCUUGUUCCUGAGGAGGACCCCAACUUUUUCAAGUCAGUGAAUCAGCCUUCUCGUCUCGAGUCGCUCCUGAUCACCAAGCAGAUGAACACGUACUGUGAGCACAUUAACCGCUACGCCGGGAAGUCCAUUCAGAAGCUCUUUUUGGCUGCUAAGGUUCACCAGAAUGAGUGA